AUGUUCCAAGUCAAAACGGGGUCAAAGAUGUGCAUGAACGCAUCGUGCGGCUCGACUUCUACUGUUGAAUGGAAGAAAGGUUGGCCUCUUCGAUCCGGUGCUCUCGCUGACCUCUGCUUUCGUUGCGGAUCGGCUUAUGAGACUUCUCUUUUCUGUGAGACAUUCCAUUUAGACCAAUCUGGUUGGAGGGAAUGCUAUUUAUGCAACAAGAGACUUCAUUGUGGAUGCAUUGCCUCUAAGCUCGUUGUGGAGUUUAUGGACUUCGGUGGUGUUGGUUGUACUACCUGUACUAACUGCCAUCAACCCAACUUGAAUAAUAGAGGUGAGAAUCCAGGUCUGUUUAGCAGAUUGCCAAUGAACAGGCAACAUACUAAUGGAGAAAGUGGAAUGAAUGUUGGCAAAGCUGAUCUCUUUUCUCAGCCACUAGUCCAGGGAGAUGAUAAAAGAGAAGAGUUCAUGCCUCACCGUGGGUUUAGUAAUCUCAUGAAACCAGAUAAUGCCACCACCACUGGGUAUAGGCACGACGCUAACGGAACGCAUGAAUCGUCACCAACACCUUCACAGCCACCGUCUUUGAAUAUGCCUAUGGCAGCACUUCCUUAUAGCCUUAAUUUUGCAACUGCAACAAAGAAACUCAUGGAUGCUGCUUCUCAAUCCCACACUGUCCAAUCAUCUGCCUCUGGUAUACUGCAAACACCUUCAAAAUCAGUUCCUGGAACUCCUUCUGGUCCUGGGACUAGCAAAUCUGCUCAGGCCCGCAUCGGUAGGCCUCCUAAUGAAGGGCGUGGGAGAAGCCAUCUACUUCCUCGGUAUUGGCCAAAGUAUACUGAUAAAGAGCUUCAGCAAAUCUCCGGAAAUUUGAAUUUGAACAUUGUGCCUCUGUUUGAGAAAACUCUUAGUGCAAGUGAUGCUGGUCGCAUUGGUCGUCUAGUUCUUCCAAAAGCAUGUGCAGAGGCAUACUUUCCUCCCAUUAGCCAAUCAGAAGGCAUUCCAUUGAAGAUCCAAGACGUGAGGGGUAAGGAGUGGACGUUCCAGUUCAGAUUCUGGCCUAAUAACAACAGUAGAAUGUAUGUCUUAGAAGGUGUCACUCCCUGCAUACAGUCCAUGAUGCUACAGGCUGGUGAUACAGUAACUUUCAGUAGGGUUGAUCCUGGUGGCAAACUAAUCAUGGGCUUCAGGAAGGCAGCUCAUACUGGAGUCAUACAGGGGUGUGGUCUUACCAACGGUACUUCAAACGAGGACACAUCAUCGUCUGGUGUUACAGAGACUCCAACCUCCGUAAACGCUUCCUCAUGUCCCGCACAAACCCCUGAAGAACUGAAAGGUUUGCCUGAGCAUUUAAACUCAAAUCAUGGUGGUAGUAGCUUGAAGAAGAGUGAGGUGAAUGGAGUUAAAGACAAGAAGAGGACUCGAACUGUGGGAGCAAAACAUAAGAGAAUGCUUUGGCGUAGUGAAGAAGCUAUGGAGGUGAGAAUCACAUGGGAAGAAACUCAGGAGUUGAUUCGUCCUUCUCCUAGUGAAAAGCCUACCGUUGUAGUCAUUGAGGAGCAUGAGUUUGAAGAGUUUAACGAACCUCCUGUGUUUGGAAAGAGGACGAUAGUUACUUCAAGACCGUCAGGUGAACAAGAACGAUGGGGAUCUUGUGACGACUGCUCUAAAUGGAGAAGGUUACCUGUAGACGCUCUUCUCCCUGCAAAGUGGACAUGCUCAGACAAUGUUUGGGACGAGAGCAGGUGUUCGUGUUCUGCACCUGAGGAGAGUCUUAAGGAGCUUGAGAAUGUUCUUAGAAUGAGCAAAGAGUACAAGAAGAGAAGAAGUGGGGUGAGCCAGACAGUAAGAACUGAGGAAGAACUGACGGGUCUGGAUGCACUAGCGAGUGCAGCAGCCUUGGGAGACACUUUAGGGGAAGAAGAGGAGCCUGCGACAACGACCAGACAUCCAAGGCACCGGGUUGGAUGCUCAUGCAUUGUGUGUAUUCAGCCGCCGAGUGGAAAAGGCAGGCACAACUCGAGCUGCUUGUGCACGGUGUGCAGCACAGUGAAGAGGAGGUUCAAGACGCUGAUGAUGAGGAGGAAGAAGAAGCAGUUAGAGCGGGAGGAAAUAGAAGCAGCAGUAGCAGCGGCGGCGGAUCAGGAGAACAAGGAGGAUGGGAAAACAGGGAGGAUAGAUCUGAACAGUGAUCCUUGUAAUAGAGGAGAUGUUGAAGCUGUGGGUGUGGAGGAGAAAGACGAGAGUGAAAAAGGAGAAGCAGGGGGGUGUUUGGGGGUGGCACAAGCGGAUGAUGUUGUAGGAGUAACGGAGUUAGAAGGAGAGGGUGAGAAAAUCGGUGAAGAGUCGAAAGGUUCAAGCUGAUAUAGAAGAAGACAAAGAAGCUAAACUCAUAGCUAUUUUAUAUAAAUAUAUAUGUACUUUAAGAAACCAAGAGAAGAAGAGUGAGAGGUACAGUUUUGUGUUUGGUUUUUUCAUAGUUUUAAGCAAACAUAAGCUUGUGGUUCAGAAGAACAACAAUGACCAUCUUCUGCUUUUGCAUUUUUUACCUUUUUAAUGGUCUGUGGUGAGUUUUGGGUUUAGGGUUUUAGUGUUGUCUCCGUUAAUAUUGCAGAACGCAGAAAUGGUGCUUCCGUGUUUGGUGAUGAUACAGUUGAAUUAUUUUAGUUUGUGUUGUAGUUUUAAACCUCAUUAUGUUAAGAUCCUUCUUUUUUUUUAUGAA